GUAUUAAGAUGCUUUAAAGGUUUUCGGACUGCGUCGAAUAAAUAGCUUACGAAUUGAGAGCUAGUUAUUUCUAGUGCAAGUUGCCGGGAGCUUUUGAUGUGGGAACAGAGAAGAUCCAGCACAAUAAGGUGAGAGGAUGAGCAUACCUGUCCACCUGUCCCGUAAGGUUCUCACCUUGGUUCUCAUAAGGCACCAGCAGCAGGUGCUGCUGGGAAUGAAGAAGCGCGGGUUCGGAGCUGGGAGAUGGAACGGCUUCGGAGGGAAAGUGGAAAUGGGAGAAACCAUUGAGCAAGCAGCAAAAAGAGAGCUAGAGGAGGAAAGCUGCCUGAGGGUGGACAGUCUACAGAAGGUUGGGCUGCUGCUGUUUGAGUUUGUAGGAGACCCAGUCAUGCUGGAGGUACAUGUCUUCUCCUCAAGACACUUCACUGGAGAACCCAGGGAAACAGAAGAGAUGCGGCCGAAGUGGUUCCCAGUGGAACACAUUCCAUACGACUCCAUGUGGCCGGACGACAUCCACUGGUUCCCACUUUUCCUUAAAGGGUCCAAAUUUUCUGGAUUUUUCAAGUUUGAGGGCCACAACACCAUACUGGAGCACUCUCUACAGGAACUGGACACUCUACCACAGUGAAAAUUCUUGUAGAUUUCACAGCUUUUAAACAUAAAUUUUUGUUUUAUUUCAAGAGAUGUCCUUCCAUUUUAAGCCAUAGUCUUGAAAAGUUAACCGCAAGAAAAUGCCUUUAUUACAUUUAGAACAAUUUUUCAAAAAUAACAUGCUUUUUUUAAUCACAUUUCAUCUUGCUCAGAACAGUUUUUGUCUAUGUCCUAAAACAAGUUGUCCAACAAAGUAAUAGAUACGGAUUCAAAAAAAA